UGUCUUGCUCUAACCAUGAACAAUUACUAUUCGCUUUUUCAGGAUGACUUGAUUAACCUAUUCACCUAUACUGUCAUGAGGUUGACCCCAAAUGCUCUGUCUGCUGGUGCUAGCUCCUGGUCCUAUUUACGCAAAGGAAGCACUACUUCUAAUGCUUCUGGUUCAUUAUUGGCAAGCUCUACCUCUGUCCUGGACCGGUACUACAGCUCACGGGAUACUUCUCCAGUUGGAGUUCGUAGCUAUCAGGUUGUUAGACCCUUACAGCAUGACAAAUGGUCCAAAGGGAAGGAUGGUUUCCUUGUUACUGAUAUCUGGGGCACAGAAGUUGGCAGCUUGAGUCCCAGCAGUCCAACAAUUUGGCUUAAGCAAACAGAGGAGAGGAUGUAUCUUUGUGCUUUUCAGCAUAGGAGCCUCACCAUAAUUCUUUUCAUUCCCGUCACAUCUGUACACAAUGGGGAGCAAGGGUUAUCGGUGGUGAAGCAGCAAAUUCUGGAGAAUGCAUCACCCAAGAUAUCCAAAGUUGAAGAGAAACUAUCCAGAGGAUGGGUUGGCGAGAAUGCAUAUCAUGUGAGUGGUUACCGCUACUUACUUGUAGACGGUGAUAGAUGCAUCUCUCGGGCAUCUCCACCUGGAAAAGUAACAACUCUUACAAAGGAUUCUUUAGUUGCAAUGAAUAAGCUCCGAGAAGAGGUUGACUUAGAAAAGAGCAGAGCUAAAUGUGAUGGCUCGGACUGCGAUAAAGACCAAGAAAUUUGUAUUAGAGCAAAAAAUGGUGCUUGGGUGAUUUCCCGGUUGACCCGAGGGAAGGAGCUCUAUAUGGUACUUGAGAAAGCCAAUGAGACCCUUCUUUAUGCCUCUGAAGCUGUUGAAAAGUUCAGUGACAGGUAUUGCAGUGGCGCUUUUUCUUUGUAACAGGGAAACUAGUUUUUGGUAAUGCCGAGCAGGGGCAGAGCUAGCAUAGGAUGUGAGGGUUCGGACGAACCCGGUAACUUUGGUCUAAAUCAUGUAUUUGUCUUUAAAAAAAAUUAUUGAAUACGUAUAAAUUAUUUAUUUAGAACCCAGUAACAUAAAUAAACUAGAAUUCCGAACCCACAAGCUUCAAAUCCUAACUCCGCGUAUGUUGCCGAGACACAGUAUGUUGCCGAGACACAGGAUUCAUAGAAAAGCCAUAGCUACAAGUCUUAUGUUGUUGUUAGUUCAAAUAUGUUUGUACUGUUUAUAAAUAAAUAAAAACUUGUUCCUCUCCUCUUCCA